AAUAGUUUGAAUUUUUAAAAAUUAAAUAUAGCAAAAAGGAAGUGUUAUCCUCUCUCUUCUUCUUCUUCUUCUUUCUCUUCACCGAAUGAAUGAAAGCUAUGUCCAUUUCUACUACAUCAUUCCUCUUCCUCUCACCACCACCACCACUACCUCCUCUUUCCAGACUUUCACAACCCUCUUUCCUCCCUACUUUCAAACCCAAACCUCUCUUCCUCCGGUCCCCAUCUACCUCCUCUAGACGCAACCCAUUCUUAACCCGCGCCGACGACGGUGACGACGUCGACUUCGCCGGCCCCGACGAAUAUGAAAUGGAAGACGACGAAAUCGAAGAGGUUGACAACAAGAAGGAUUUCGACAUUGAGUACGAGCGCGCCGGAGACGACGAUAUUUCGGCGGUGCAGAGUAUGAACUUUGUUUCUACACAGGGUUGGGACCCUGAUAGUCUCGUUGAUUAUAGAAUUAACGAAGAUGAGUUUCAUAAGAUUAGUUUGUUAGAUUGUGAUUUCUUCAUACGAAAACCUCCUGAUCCUGAUAAUGAUGUUUAUGAUUUCAGAGAGAUGUAUGUUACUCCUCCUGAUACAGAUGUUUAUUCAAUCCCUAAGGUGCUUGCACCAAUGCCUCAGAAGUACAUUAGAUGUGCGCAAAGUGAUUUUGGAUGCGACAAUGUUACAGAGCCACCUGUUGAAGCACGCCGAGAUCCUCUGUAUAAAUAUGAGAGGGAAAUUGAGAAGGUAUUCUUGACAAAACACUACAAAAAUCGGAGGCUAGGAGAUCCUGAGUUUGUCUUGGAUUUUGAGGAGAUUUAUGUUAUUGACUCCAAAACUAAGUCGAUCACCAGAGCCAAAGUUCUGGUAACAGCUCCUGGAGGGAGAAGUAGAGAUAGAAAGAGCGACUUGCUUGUUAUAGCUGAUAAGGCGAACUCCUUCAAAAUAAUACACGUGAGUGAGAAAGAUGAUCCAACAGCUGUCAUAGAAAGACGAGACUGGGCCCGAACCAGAGAAGAAAUGGAAAGGCAUCUUAGCAAGCUAAGAGACUUCAGCAAUUCAAAUUGGUUUUGAUUUAUAAGUACGUACUCAAGCACGGCCUCAUGAAUCAUGAUUGUGCCCAGCAUGAUAGGUAGUUCGAUCUAACCCGUCACACGUUUAUACAGGCAAUUCGAUUCAACCUUCCAUUUUUGACAGUGUGUGCAAGUUACUGGAUCUUAUGUAUAUUCUGUUGUAUUUUGUUAGAGAUGCAGCUAUUGAAAUCCAAUGAUCUAUGAUAGUUAACUUACAGUUGAAUAGUCACUGUUUGGAUGUAUAACCAUGAAUUUUAAUUCAAGGCAUUACCAAAAAUCUAUGAGUGAAGAGUUUAAUAUUUUUGUAUUUUC